AAUCAUAAAUUUAGCAUUAUCAUUGAAGGGAAGCAUUACACGCAAACAUGGCAUCCAUUGAUUAUGAGCCAAAACUUCUUGCAAUUUUAAGCAUCUCAUUUUUCUUGUCCUGUAUUUUUGUAUCAAGUACUGGUCUUGUGGCUGCACUUGAUGAUUCAGCCUUGCUAGCAUCAGAAGUCAAGGCUUUGCUUGAGAGUGGAUGGUGGAGUCAAUACAGCAACCUCACCUCACAUCGUUGCAAGUACUGGCCUGGCAUAUUUUGUAAUAGGGCUGGAAGCAUCACUAAGAUUUACCCACCUCCAGAGUUCCUCAAGGUGGGAAAUAAGUUUGGAAAGAUGAACUUUUCUUGCUUCUCAAACCUUGUCCGUCUCCACCUGCCCAACCAUGAGCUCAAUGGAAGCAUCCCGCCUCAAAUUUCUAUCCUCCCACAACUCAGAUACCUCAACCUGUCCUCAAAUAAUCUAGCAGGUGAGUUACCGUCUUCACUUGGAAAUCUCAGCCGAUUAGUUGAGCUUGAUUUUUCUUCCAAUAAUUUCAUCAAUUCCAUCCCUCCAGAACUAAGCAAUCUUAAAAAUCUUGUUACUUUGACCUUGUCUGAUAACAGCUUCAGCGGCCCAAUCCCUUCGGCACUUUGUCAUUUGGAAAAUCUAAGGCAUUUAUUUAUGGAUCAUAAUAGUCUCGAAGGUGCCCUCCCUAGAGAAAUAGGGAACAUGAGAAAUCUAGAGAGUUUGGACGUGAGUUAUAAUACACUUAAUGGUCCAAUCCCUCGAACAUUGGGUAGGUUAGCCAAGUUGAGGUCUUUGAUCCUUUCUCGCAACGCAAUCAAUGGAUUCAUCCCUUUAGAAAUAGGAAAUUUGACGAAUCUAAAAGAUUUACAGCUUAUAUCUAAUAUCCUAGUUGGUUCAAUUCCUUCAACGAUAGGUUUUUUAUCCGAUUUGACUAAUCUAGAUCUUUCUUAUAACGUAAUCAAUGGAUCCAUCCCUUCGCAAAUAGGAAAUUUGACGAAUCUAGAACAUUUAGAUCUUUCCUCUAAUAUCCUAGCUGGUUCAAUUCCUUCUACAUUUGGUUUUUUAUCCAAUUUGAUUCUUUUGCAUCUUUUUGACAACCAAAUCAAUGGAUCCAUCUCUUUAGAAAUAGGAAAUUUGACAAAUCUAUGUCGUUUGUUUCUCAAAGGCAACAAAAUCAGUGGUUCGAUUCCUAUUUCAUUAGGAGAUUUAAGAAACUUGGCAUUUCUAGACCUAUCUAACAACCAAAUCAAUGGAUCCAUAGCUUCAUCUUUGAAGAAUUGUAAAUAUUUGACCUAUCUAGAUUUGAGCUACAAUAAUUUAAGUGGACAAAUACCCUCCCAACUACAUAAUUUGCCCUCUUUAUCUUAUGUGAAUUUUCGUUAUAAUAACCUCUCAGGCUUUGUUCCCUUGCAAUUGCCACAACCCUUUGAUGUGUCUUUCACCUGUGAUUCUCUUCAUGGGCAAAGAACCAACAGUCCUGAAAUUUUUCAAGCUACUGUAUUUGAGGGCAACAAAGAUUUACACCCUGAUUUCUCACGUUGUUCAUCUAUUUACUCCCCACCUUCAAAAGACAACAGAAUAAUUCAUUCCAUCAAAAUAUUUCUUCCUAUCACCACCAUUUCACUUUGUCUCGUGUCUCGGAUGUUGUUAUCUGUCUCGAUGCAAGGCUACCCAACCUGAGGCAACAUCAUUAAAGAAUGGAGACUUGUUUUCCAUAUGGAAUUAUGAUGGGAGGAUUGCAUACGAAGACAUCAUUGCAGCGACCGAGAACUUCGACCUCAGAUAUUGUAUCGGAUCCGGUGGUUAUGGGAGCGUCUACCGAGCACAACU